UCGUGCUCAAUAGAAGGAUGGACCGCCAGCCAUUCUGAUUAGUCGUAAUGAUUGAUGCUGUCUUUAAUGCCAAACCUCAGUUGAAUUGUAGGCUUCACCGUACGGCUGUCAUGGUUAUUUCAGUGGAUGUGUAUAGAAGGAUUUUUCUCUACUAAUUCGGUUAACACACACACAAAUAUCCUCGCGUGCAGAACGGCUGUGCGACGUGGUGCUGCCUCCGGUUGAACGGCGGUAGGAGGAUGGCACUGCGUUGGACGGUCUCUGUAUCUAUCCUCGAUGGUAUAUUAAGAUUGUAAUCAGCUGAUAACAUAGGGUGUACAUUUACGGCGGACUGGUGUGGGGGUGACAAUAAACCACCGAUCCGAUUAUGGAAAAGGAGUCCAGGUUGGAAGACCUCUGAUCAUAUAGGCUCCACAGCCAGCCAGGUGGCCAGUCAGGCGACAACCAGGCUCACUGUGGAAGGAGACCAACAUCGAGACUGGGAGACCCUCUCACUACACCCACACUGCUUCACCCAUCCCACUCCACCAUCACCGCCAUGUCUAUACCCAGUGGCAGCCCAGAAAGAGAGAACUCUGGUGGGGGUGUCCCUCAGCUAGAGUGCCCUUCUUCACCUCCCAGCUUCGGCUUGGACCCAGACCCACUGUCAACAGGCAGCCCAGUGAUCAGCCCAGACUCAUCUUCCCAUGAUGCAGUACUGUCAGCACCAGCAGCCUCUCCAGCAGACUCUGAGAACCUGAGUCCUGAUGAACUGGAGCUGCUGGCCAAACUGGAGGAACAGAACAGGUUGUUGGAAGCCGAUUCCAAGUCCAUGCGAUCAAUGAGUGGUUCACGGCGAAACAGCGGUUCCUCGCUGGUGUCCAGCUCUUCAGCCUCAUCAAACCUGUCACACCUCGAGGAGGACACCUGGAUCCUGUGGGGCCGCAUCGUCAAUGAGUGGGAAGAGUGGAGACGCAAGAAGGACAAACUCCUGAAGGAGUUGAUCAGGAAGGGUAUACCUCAUCAUUUCCGGGCCAUUGUCUGGCAGCUGCUAGGCAACGCCACUGACAUGCCGGUGAAGAACCAAUACUCAGAGCUGCUAAAGAUGUCCUCUCCCUGUGAGAAGCUAAUCCGCAGAGACAUCGCCCGCACCUACCCCGAGCAUGAGUUCUUCAAAGGCCAGGACAGCUUGGGGCAGGAAGUCCUCUUCAAUGUCAUGAAGGCAUAUUCGCUGGUGGAUCGAGAGGUGGGCUACUGCCAAGGCAGUGCGUUCAUCGUUGGCUUGCUGCUUAUGCAGAUGCCCGAGGAGGAGGCGUUUUGUGUGUUUGUGCGUCUGAUGCAGGAGUACCGCCUGAGGGAGCUGUUCAAACCCAGCAUGGCUGAGCUGGGCCUCUGUAUCUACCAGUUUGAGUAUCUGCUACAGGAGCAACUUCCAGAGCUGAACAUCCAUUUCCGGUCACAGAGUUUCCACACAUCGAUGUAUGCCUCAUCCUGGUUCCUGACUCUUUUCCUCACCUUCCUCCCUCUGCCUGUCGCCACUCGCAUCUUUGAUAUUUUCAUGUAUGAGGGCCUAGAGAUUAUCUUCCGUGUGGGCCUGGCCAUCCUGCAGUACAACCAGACUGACCUCAUUCAGCUGGACAUGGAGGGCAUGUCACAGCAUUUCCAGAAGGUGAUCCCUCACCAGUUUGACAGCUGCCCAGACAAGCUGAUCCUCCGGGCCUACCAGAUCAAGUACAAUCCCAAGAGGAUGAAGAAACUCGAGAAAGAAUACACCACAAUCAAGAACAAAGAAAUGGAGGAGCAAAUUGAGAUCAAGAGAUUACGCACAGAAAACAGGCUGCUGAAACAGAGGAUUGAGACGCUGGAGAAGGAGAGUGCUGCUCUGGCAGACAGACUGAUACAGGGUCAGGUGACGAGGGCACAAGAAGCAGAAGAGAACUACGUGAUCAAGCGGGAGCUGGCGGUGGUGAGGCAGCAGUGCAGCUCAGCCAGUGAGAACCUUGAGAAGGCACAGGACACUAUCAGAGAGCUGCAGCAACAAAGGUACACAGAGCAGUUUGUGAGCAGCCUGCAGACCCAGCUGGAGCAGUCCAAGCUGCAAGAGGCCGAGCUGCUUGGAGCGCUGAAGGAAAUGCAAGACAAGGUGCUCGAUUUGGAGAAGAGAAACAGCUGCUUGCCUAAUGAGAACAACAUGGUGGCUCUACAGGAGGAGGUGAAACAGGUGAAGCUGAGGGAGCUGGAGACGCUGCGCUCAUUCAGAGAAUUGCAAGACACUGUUACUGAGCUCAACCAGCGCUGGCAGUACCAUUUGACCCGUGGCAGCAGCACAGGUGGUGGGGGCGGCCACUGGAAGGAAUCCCCAAAGAAGAAUGCCAUGAAUGAGCUGCAGGACAAACUGAUGACAGUCAGACUGAGGGAGGCCCAGGCCCAGGCUGAACUCCGAGAGAUCAAACUGAAAGCCCUGCAACUGGAGAGCCAGAAUCAGAUUCACAGCAAGCUGAUCAGUCGCCACGAGCAGGAACGCUCUGCCCUGCAGGACCGGCUCCAGAUGUUCACCAAUCAGAACAAAGCUCUUCAGGCCCAGCUCAACGAGAUGAAAAGGAAGCAGGCUGAGUUUGACUGCAAGAGUAAAGAGGAGGUGAUGGCAGUGCGGCUAAGGGAAGCAGACAGUAUGGCUACCAUGGCUGAACUCAGGCAGAAGAUCGCUGAGCUGGAGAUACAGAAGGAGGAAGGGCGGAUCCAGGGCCAGCUGAACCACUCAGACUCCAGACAGUACAUUACCCAACUCCGGGACCAGAUUGCUGAGCUCAAGAACGAGAUCAGGCAAUUGCGAGGGCAGAAGCCGGCCCCCAGCUCCAGGGUGAGCAGUGGAGGCAGAAGUACCAACUACCAGGAUCUCUGCCUGGCCAGCCCGGCCUCUGCCGAGGGGGACUACCUGAGCUCAGAUGAGGACCUCCUCCCCAGCCCGCUGCCUCCCAGUGCCCUCUACCCUGCCCUGUCCAGCCCAUGCCACCCCUCCGCUCGCCUCGACAGCGAGGGUAGCACGGACAGCGAGGCGGAGGAGCGGGUGCGGACACACCCAGACCCACAGCAGCUGUACGGCACUAUGGUGUGCGCUGAGGCACUGGAUAACUGAGGCCUGAAAGGGGGUGCAGAGAUUUCAUUGGAUUUCUUUGUCCUAAAGAGAUGCUGGUGGAACUCCACAGGACAGAACUUCUACUGUCAACUUCUCCUCGGCUUUUCCAGCGUUUACCUUUUACAGUGGCAUUGACUGGACCUCUGAUCAUCACUACCUGUUUUCUCCGCUCCUGUUCCUGUCUCUACCGCUUUGUUCCCCACACUGUCCAGUCCCUGACAAAGAGGUAAUAUAAAGAGUCUCCCCUCGUUCCCAUGCCAAACUGUCAAAAUACAUAUCCGUUCAAACACAAAUAUAUGAUAUACAAACAAACAAAAAUGACUCGGACUGGACCAGCAAGACCGUUGCUGCUCGGGAUCGACCACUGGACCCAAAUCUGUGACUCUUACGAGGAGUGAUUAAUGGGUAGAUGGGCAGAGCUCCUCCCUCUCCCCUGUGAACUGAGCAGUAGACACUUGACACACUGUAUUCUCUACCAUUAUAUAAAUCUCCUUCUUCAUUGGUGUAGAGUUAAUCUUUAUCUUCUUUUCCCUUUUUAUGCCUCUCUUUAAAAAGAUGCACAUCCAUCAUCACUGCCUUCUGAAAAAAACACUUCUCUCACCCAUUUGUUCACCUCUACAGACCCAGUGUUACAAAUGAAACUUCAAAAUGGUGACGAGUAGGAGUAGAAGAGGUGCAGCGUAGGAAUAUGUACACAUCAAACUACAGGCAUAUCACUUGAUGGUAUUCAAAAUCGAUCAUACUAAAUAUGUGUUGUCUGUGUCUGUGGCUCAUGGCAAAACAGGUUCACCGUAACUCACUGAGGGAGGAAGGAAGGAUCUCAGUGUUGCCAAUUUUUUUUUA